AUGGCUUCUCCAUCAGGGCUUAAGCUUCUCCUCCUCUUAGCGCUGCUGGCCACCUCAUGCAUGGCCCAAGCACCAUCAGGUGCACCAACGGUCUCUCCCACCGCCUCUCCGACGCCAGCACCUGUGGCGCCGCCCACCCACAGCCCAUCUCCAACGCCAACUCCAUCCUCCAACGCCCCAACGCCAGGCCCCGUCACCGCCCCUACCCCAUCACCCACCGCCGGAGAGCCCUCCCUCGCUCCAACCCCCACCGCCUCCGGAGUGCCAUCCCUCGCCCCAACACCAGGCGCCGCUUCACCAACUGCAACGUCCCCCACGGCCGAUCAGACACCAGCCGACGGUACAAAUAACGGAAGCGCUAUCACAUUUGAUGCAGGAGCAGAAGCGCAAGGGAGUUUAACGGGGGUAGCAGUGGCAGAGCAUGCACCAAUUGUGUCCCAUUUGUUGUUUGCUGACGACGCAUUGGUGUUUUUUGAGGUUCACAAGGCCCAACUAGAGGCGGUUUGA